CAGGAAGCAAAUCAGCGAUUAAACAAAGGAAACUCGCUUAUGAAAAUAUCAUGCACCAACCUUACUAAGAAUAGUAGCAUUUCAAAAGGAGCAGGGGGUGGAGAUGGAGAAGUCAGAGAUGUUUGGCAUCUCUUUGGAGACAGACAACAGGACGAUGGAGGAGAAAGCGCGGCACAGAGCUGCGCAUAAGGGCGGUUCAGGCAAUGAGCCGCCCAAGGCUCCAAUGGACACUGAUUACCAGGAAGAGAUGGAGAUCCCCAAGCCUAAAAUCAGAAUGAAUGCCAACUUUGACAAAGAGAUUCAAGGAUUGGAUCCCAGUGGAAGCACAGACAACAGGUUUGGUAUCGACAGGCUGUUUGAAGCGGUUGCCAGCAGGGACGUCCAAAAGCUGGACGGCCUGCAUCAGUACCUGCAUCGGAACAGGAUGAAACUGUCCAACUCUCUGUAUCAGUCUUACGGUAAAACGGCCCUCAUGAAGGCUCUGCUGCACCUCAUGGAUGGCAAAAACGAGACGGUGGAGCUUUUGAUCGACAUUUCAGAGAAGAUGAAAGACAUUAAUGAGUUUGUAAAUGCGGCCUACACUAACGUCUACUACAAAGGUCAGACAGCUCUUCAUAUAGCCAUUGAGAGGAGGAGUCUCUCCUAUGUGGAGCUGCUGCUCAGUAAAGGAGCAGACGUCCACGCCAAAGCCUGCGGAACUUUCUUCCAGCCACACGAUGGCCCCAACUUCUACUUUGGUGAGCUGCCUCUGUCUCUGGCAGCCUGCACCAACCAGCCCGACGUAGUGGACUUCCUCAUGAAGAGCGAGUACCAACGCGCAAGUGCUGAGCUAACUGACUCUCAUGGAAACACUGUGCUGCACGCCCUGGUGGUGGUGGCUGAUAACUCUGCCGAUAACACAGAGUUUGUUACCAAAAUGUAUGACCGCAUCCUCAAGACCAAUGCCGAACUUCACCCCAAGUCGAAGCUGGAGGACAUCGAGAACAACAAUGGGCUGACGCCUCUCAAAAUGGCUGCCAAGACUGGCAAGAUUGGGAUUUUUUCACACAUCCUAAAACGUGAAUUCCAAGAGAACAAAGCCAAACAUCUGUCCCGUAAGUUCACAGAGUGGGUUUACGGGCCCGUCCAGAGCUCCUUGUACGACCUGGCCUCGGUGGACUCGUACCAGGAGAACUCAGUCUUGGAUAUUCUUGUGUACGGCAGUGACAUUCCUAACCGCCACGAGAUGCUCCAGAUGGAGCCUCUGAGCCAUCUGCUGGACGAGAAGUGGAAGAAGUUUGCUGGUCGAAUGUUUUUCCUCAACCUCCUGGUCUACAUCCUGUACCUGAUCAAUUUCACCCUUGUGGCCUACAACAAGAAAUUUGGGCUGCCGCCGUUUACCCUCGAACACACCACUCUGGGUUACCUGUACGUUUCAGGCCAGCUAGUGACAGCGCUGGCAAACUGCUAUUUCUUUGUCAUAGGGGUCAUGGACAUGUAUAGGAAACGGCCGAAGCUGCAGACGUUGCUGAUUGACGGAUAUUAUGAGAUUCUUUUUUUUUUUCAGGGCUUCCUGUUCCUGUUCACAGCCGGGCUGUAUUGGUCGGGGAUGGAGCAGUACCUCAGCGUAAUGGUGGUGUGUCUCGCUCUCAGCUGGGUCAACAUCCUCUAUUUCUCCAGGGGCGACAGACACAUGGGCAUCUACAGCAUCAUGAUACAGAAGAUGAUCCUCUGUGAUAUCAUGCGCUUCCUCCUUGUCUACAUUGUCUUCCUCUUUGGAUUUUCAGCAGCGGUGGUCAGUCUGCUCAUAGAGCCUGCGGGAAACACCACUGUGGUUGAGACGCCGGGAAAGGGGCGUUUGUAUAUUACAGUUGCUCCUGAGGAUUGUGUAAAGCCCUCCUACAGGAGCAUCACCUUCACCAUCCUGCAGCUCUUCAAGUUCACAAUCGGCAUGGGGGACAUGGAAUUCAUCCAGGACCACAAGAGCAGUGAGGUCUUCUAUGUGCUCCUUAUCGGGUACAUCAUACUCACCUACAUCCUGUUGCUCAACAUGCUCAUCGCCCUCAUGAACUGCACCGUGGAGAAGACCACCAAGGAGAGCACCAGCAUCUGGAAGCUACAGAGGGCCAUCACCAUCCUGGACAUGGAGAAAAGGCUGUCUAGCUGUCUGAGGAAGAGGUUUCGCUGUGGGGUGGAGAAGAACCUCAGGACUACUCUUGGAGACGACCGUCGCCGGUGUUUCAGAGUGGAGGAAGUCAACUGGAACAAAUGGAACAGCAACCUGGGCAAAAUCAAUGAGGAUCCGGGGUGCUGGGAUCGCGCCCAGCAGCCUGCAGCGCACACCCCGCCCAACAGAGGGAGGAGCUGGAGAGGCUUUUUCACAGAGGGCAGUCGGCAGCAGGCAUAUCAGUCCUCAGAGAUGAAUCUUCUGAACCCCCCAUCGGUCUAAAGACACACCAGAGAGCUUCACACUGGCUGCCCGGACAUCAAGGCAUUUACAUUUAAAGACAG